UCCUGUUGAAAUUGUUACAACUGUAACCGUAAGUAACGAUCUACCUCUUUGCGCCAUUUUCCUCAGUGAGUAGACGUAGAAGAAAACUGCUCGUCGAAUUUUUGUCGCAGGGAAAAUUCUUUGUUCAUUUUAAUACCUAAAAAUGAGGUCUGCAUCUGUAUAUGUUGGAGGUUUGAGUGAAGACAUUCAAAAAGAGGACCUGGAGAGAGAAUUCAGUAAAUUUGGUAAUCUAACAAAAGUUUGGGUGGCACGUAAUCCACCAGGUUUUGCUUUUAUUGAGUUUGAAGAUGACCAGGAUGCCAAUGAAGCAAUUAAAGAGAUGAAUGGAGCAACAAUUAAUGGCUCUGAAAUUAGAGUUGAUAUUUCCAGAGGAAGAGGUGGAAGGCGAGGUGGUCGUGGAGGUGGAGGAUUCCGUGGAGGCAGAGAUGGCGGAUAUUCUCGUGGAGGCCGUGGAGGUUAUGAUUCUGGAUUCCGAAGUGGUGGUGGUGGCUAUCGUGGUGGAAGAGGUGGAGGAUCUCGUUAUGGUGGAGAUCGUGGCAGCAGCUAUGAUAGGCCUUCCUAUGGAGGUGGUGGAAGUGAUUAUAGGAGUUCAGGAUAUCGAAGCCGUUCUCCGAUGGGUCAGAGAAACGGCAGCAACUGGUAGGGGAUUGCUCAUCUUCAAUAGCCAUUGCCUGAACCUCGGACUGCUCGUGUGGGAGCAAAUCAUCUGUUGCCAGAUAAUGCUGUUUAUAGUCUUCACCAAACUAUGUGUCCAUUUUGAGUUUUUUAACCUUGAGAACUCAUCAGUUAAGUCUUCAUAUUCGUCUGUGUUGUAUUCAUGAUCACAAUAAAAAUAUCAAUACUGCCAA